CUACCUUCACAGCAGCCAAGAAAACCUGUUUCUCCACUCUUCCGCAACCAGCUAGGAACCCUGAGAGCAAGAGCAGGAUCUAAAGGCACUCCUCGAACAGAAGUGCCUUGGACAUCGUCCAAGGACUCCGAAACCUUACGUCAAAGGACGAGACACUCAUAAGCGAUUGCAUCUCAAGCUCUUCCUUUGAAGCAGUUUUCCUCAUUCAAGAAGCACAUCCUUCCGAAAAGCAUUCUUACCGAUUCACGUGCCUCACAAGUUCCACAUUUUUCAAGCUUUCAAGGUUUACUAAUUUCUUCUGUCCAUUCGUCCCCCUGAACCGCAUUCAUCCCAAUCGUACAGACGAAGAUGGCGAGCCCGAAUGUGAUAGUGACCGACUAUGAACCAGUUCGACUCGACUUCUGCUGUGGAAUCUACGUCGUUACUUUCGGGACGGCGAAGAGGAUCAUCGUCGCAUGCUGGAUUUUUGUCGUACUCGGAAUCGUCUUCACCGGGUUCGGGAUUGCCGCUAUCGUCGAAUCCAAACAACUUUGUGUCGAUUUUUGCUUUAAUUCGGACCCAAAGACGUGUGCAUGCAACUCGAGUUCCAGCAGCAUUGUUGGAUUUUUCCUAUCUGCCGUUCUAUACAUCAUCGGCGGGGCGGUGGUCGCUCAACGAUGCCGUGCAGCCAUACAAGCGCUGAGGAUGAGCAAGAUGAACGCACCGAAUCAGCAAGUAUAUCCCGGCGUCAUCCAAUUCCAGCAACCUGCAUACGCCUCCAUUCCCCCACCUCAAUAUGCUCCCAAAGUACCCAUUUCACAUGCUCAAACUGCAGGCAAAGGACAGACAAGAAAGCAAAGGAAGAUGGACAACCUCACUGGAUGCCAAGUCUCUGACAAUUAA